AGCCCACACCGCUAAAUAAAAUGGCGGUACAAAGAAAAUUGGCGCUCUUAAACCUCUCGAAGUCCAGUAAAACCCUAGAAAUUUGUAAGAGCAAACUCAGUCUCUCCUCUGCGUCCUCCCUACUUGUUCGAUCCAGCUUCAGUGCCCAGAAAGUGAGCAAGCAAAAUGGGGGAAGGAAUUAGAGAGUUCACUGCAAUCGUCGAGAGGGAUGGUGUUCACCAACCAAUUCUGGAUGAGCAGAAUGGCGAGGAGCUGAUGCAUGUACAGCCUGGUGUUUCUAUUGUCCUUGGUAGUCACCCUCCUCAGUCCCCCGGCACUCUUUAUAUCUCCAGCAGGCAAGUGGUUUGGUUGAGUGACACUAUCAGGACCAAAGGUUAUGCAGUGGACUUCCUGUCUAUAUCACUGCAUGCUGUAUCCAGGGACCCAGAGGCGUACACCUCUCCUUGCAUAUAUGCUCAGAUCGAAACUGGAGCUGAUGAAGAUGAGUCAGAGGGCUCAGAUUCAGAAAGUAAUGGUGUCUUGGAUCUGUCCAAGAUCACAGAAAUGAGGCUUGUUCCUUCGGAUCCUAACCAAUUGGAUUCUUUGUUUGAUGUGUUUUGCGAGUGUGCUGAGCUGAAUCCUGAACCAACUGAAGAGAAUGAAGAAGAAGAGCAUAAUUGGAUUUUCAGUGCUGACCAGUUGGAAGAUGAGGCAGCAGAAGAUGAUUCUGAGCCUUCAAUUGUAAUUGGGCAAUCUAAUGGGGAUCAUGACCUAGCUCGUAAUGUGCUUCAGCUUCAGAUCGAUGAUCAACGCUUCGAGGAUGCAGAAGAGAUGGAGCACGAUACUGACACUGCACGACACUGAUCAUCUUUCUUCAAACCUUUUGACCUGGUCCGUUUUAUGACCAUGCGCUGGUGUCUUGCUGUAUAUCUGAAGAGUUAUUGUAACUUGUUGUCUUGUCAAAGUACUCUCAAACCUCUCUGUAUUCUGUUAGUACUUAUAAAAUCGUCCUAAGAAAAUUUUAUCGACUAUUCCUUUGAUAAUGUUGUGGGAAUCGUUACUGACAGAUGAAUGUUAAAUUGUGAUAUUUAUCAUGGAUUGCUUUGA